UCUUGUUGCCGGUUUCGUGCCGCACGCGUCGCAAUUCAUGAAUGCGGCCGCUUUGGGCGCGUCAGGUCCUAGGUCUUUUGCUCUUGGCAUUCGGUGGUGAAAGCCAAAAUGAGCACACCAUAGAGGUUUUCGAUGCCCAGUGCUUCUCCCAAGGAGAAGCCGGGCAGGUCGACCGCUCGGAGACCACAAUUCGACUUCUUCUGCAGGACUGGACCUCCCACAGGCUGGUGACCACGGCGGCAGCCUUCAUUCUGAAGGAAUGGCUGGGGUAUCGAGUGGAAACUGUACAGCUGCCGAGCCUUGAGCGAAGCAAAGAAUACGCCAAGUUGCAAGAGACCUUGAGAGCAGGUGUUUGGGAGGCAGAUCUUGAGAGCUGGCUUCUGACUCAAGCUUCAGGGCACCAGGAGGAGAUAAACAAACUGGUGGAACCUCCACAGCCGAUUGGCUUCAGUGGGCGUUCAGGCCUUUACAUUUUGCCCCAUGUGCUAGAGAAGUUCAAGUUUGCGGAUUGGUGGAAGUUCUUCGAAGAGCCAGGCUAUGCGCGAUCUGUGGGCUUUAAUGGGCCGAACCAGGAGCGUUUGCGAGAGCUGCUGGGAAGCAGCUUCCCAGCGUGCAACGUGCAGGAGCUGCCCUGGUGCGGCACGGGGGAAUUGGAAGGUUUUUGGGCGCCGUCCCAGUGCGUGCAGAACAUCUCCUCCUGCAUCGUGGCAGUGAUGGGCGAGCCUACCUGGGACCAAGGAUAUUUUGAGCAGGUGGUGAAGAAUCUGAACUUGCCCAUUGUGUUCGCCUACCUUGGGAACGACGGGCUUCUGUGGAGGAGGAUUCAGCUAGACGAGACUCCAGAAGACGUCAUAUUCUAUUCUUGGAGCAGCAACUGGGGAGCCGAGCAUUUUGGAGGAGUGCGAAUAUCCUUUCCCGACCCUUCGACAGUGUCAGUCAUAGCGGACUUUGAGAGAACACCUAACGGAUCUCUGGCGGUAGACUACCCGGACGUAUCCUUGGUGAAGCUCAUUUCGCGGGAUCUCUUCGAGAAGGCUCCUGAAGCCUACUGGAUGCUCUCACGGCUCACCAUCGGGCCUGGCCGACUGCUGGAACUUCUGCGGUCUACUCAGCCGACCGCAUCACAUGAUGCGUUGACUCAGACGGCCUGCAGCUUCUUGAAGGGUCACGUCCAUGACUUGGUGCAGGUGGUUGCGCCACCCUGCGUCACCGGGGUUGCAGGAGCCGCCGCUGACGUCUUUGAUGUCACCUCGGGCAUGUGUGCAGCGCCCUCUUCCAUUGACAAUUUCAAAUGCUUCGAGAAUGAGCAACCCUCACUGUACCGCUCCAAAACUGUCAUUCGGCUCGGGCAGCGCGACUGGCUAUCACAUGACCUUAUGCGCACAAUCACGGGCAUGCUUCUAUCUGAGAAGUUGGGGUACUCAGUUCGCUACGAGGACAUCACAAGCGUAGUAUCCAAAGACUGGAGCGGAUUGUUGGAACGCAACGAAGUCGAUGCAGAAAUGGAGAACUGGCAAGUGGAUGUUUUUGAUCCAGCGGUGCAAAGCUACAUUUCGGGCAGUGGGGUCAUAUCUCCUCCUCGCGAGAUUGGCUGGACAGGCCGCGAAGGCCUGUUUGCAAUGCCUGGCUUGGUCCGAGAUAUCCCGUUUGCGGAUUUCUACAGGUUCUAUGAUUCGGCAGAGCUUCCCGGCAGUGGCUUCAGAAUUUUCAACCACACGGUGACAGCUGCGGAGCUCAAUGGAACGGGCGUUGCCCCCUGUGAGCCUGGCUCCACAAACUUUUGGUGCACAGGACAGAUCCCUGGACACUACUUGCCCGAGACCUGCAGCAGAGGAGGAGCCUGCGCUGAAGCAAUCAUGGCCUUCCCCACCUGGACGCAAGGCACGUUCGAGCAGCUGAUUAGAAACCACAACAUGAGUGUCGCAUUCUCGUAUGCUGGCAGCAAGCAAGUAAGCUUCUUGAAUGAGCUGCUCGAGAGAAAGGUGCCGACCCUGUUCUACGGUUGGACGCCCUCGGAGGUGGCUUCAUCCUGGGGCCUGCAGAACAACCAGGGCCGAGUCAGCUUUCCUGACUUCUUUCGGGGAUGCGCCAUGCAGAUCUCCAUGGACCCGAGUGGGCCGCGGAAAUGCGAUAUACCACCCACAAUAAUCUACAAGCUGAGGCGCAAGGAUUUGGCAGACCGGGCCUCCGAGGCUGCCUAUCUCAUUGACCACUUGCGCAUUAAUCAAGAACAGGUGGAGCUGAUGCUGUCGAUGCACCAGCAGGGUGGGGGCAACUUGACCACCGAGGAGGCAGCUUGCUGGUUCUUGAAAAAUCAGACAGAGGUGGUGCAGCGGAGCGUCCCCGAGUGCAUCACCAACCCACCGGCGAACCCAAAGAUUGGGGAUAUAGUCUGGAGUGCUGUCGAGAGAGAUUGCGUGCGGCUGUCCUGCCCCAGGAAUGCCUCCCUUAUCUAUGAUGGCACCUCUGGAUUCAUACGAUGCCGCGUUUGCAGCACGGAGAAUGCUGGGUCAGUGCCUUCCGGGGACCAGAUGGCUUGCACACCCUGCCCGGCAGCAACCAUGCCUGACAGCCUUGGUGAGGGAUGCCAGGACUGCCCGCCGGGCCGCUAUGCUCAGGAAGCCGCCACUGCCUCCUGCCAGGCCUGUCCUGCUGGGCGCUACAAUCCCUUGUCGCGACAGUCACGCUGCGCAAUUUGCCCAAGGGGCGCGGUUUGUACUGGCGGUGCAGACGCUCUUGGAGCGACGACCUUCUUUGCAGCCGAAGGCUUUUAUCUCAUGGGGUCGGAGAGCGAGGUGAAGAAGGUCUUCAACAUGACCAUGAGGACCUGUGCUGACUGCUGGGAUCGGGACGACCCGCUGCCGUCACUGGGGCCUUUCAAGUGUUCUGCGCCAUCGGCCUGCGUGGGGAACAACACUUGCAUCGAGGGGGAGCAGGGGCCAGCCAUGACGGGGCCAAUGUGCGGCUCCUGUGCCUUGGGUUACCAGCGCAGUGUGCCAGACCAGAUUUGCAGCCUCUGCCCCCCCAACUGGCUCACCAUAUCCGUCAUCUUUUGUGUGGCCUUUGGUGGCAUGCUUGGGCUGUGCUUGCUCUCCUGGUCGCAGGACGCCGGCCAUGGAAAUCUGCGAGGAGUCUAUUCCAUCGUCCUGAAGAUCCUGUGCAACUUCUUUGUGCAGCUGAAAGCUUUGGGCCAGGUGACGGACCUCGACAAGGUCAUCAAGGAUUUGAGCUCGGAGGGCUUGAGCUCGGCACUCCUCACCUCCCCCGUGGCCUUGUCCUUGGGCAUCGGGGACGUGCUGGAGAACCCCUCCACGGCGAUCUUCUCGCUGGAGUGCCUCAUGAUGGAAAGCGGCACUUCUGCGCAAGACAGCCAUUACGCCAAGGUUGCCGGUGCGGGAUUUUUGAUCCCGGUGGCGCUGCUCUUCACCUUGGCCGCGGUGGGUGGAUGCACGUGGGGCUGGUCACUAUGUUGCCCUCGUCACCACAAAGGUAAGCGGCCUUUGAAGUGGCGAAUCUUGCUCUCCUUUUCCUCGCUGGCUGUGUUGGAGAUGUACUUUAUGCAGCCAAUGGUAACAUCGGCGCUUCUGGCAGUCUUCAACUGCCAUUCCUCCGACGCAGGAGAGAACACGUUGGACACGGCUCGGUGGACGUAUGACAUGAGCAUUGACUGCAGAGCGACAAGUCAUUUGCAGUGGCAGCUUGCAUCGGGCGUUGGCUUGCUGCUUUUCUCCUUCGGCAUCCCCUUGAUCCUCUACCUCAUUCCCAAAAUGCUCCUGAAGCGGACAAAGUACACGCUCCAGAGCCGGGAGAUGUGGGGGGUCUUCGGCUUCCUCUACGAUGGAUUUGAGCCCGACUUCUGGUACUACGAGUCGUGGAUGAUGUUGCGGAAGACUUACAUCCUGAUUGCAGCCAAUAUUUUCUGGCUGAGCCCAGAGAGCAGAACUGUCUUGCUGCUCACAUUGGUGAUAUACUUCCGCUACAUGCACUUGAGAGAUCUGCCCUUUGACAACCGCGCGUACCAGGGGGUGGACCGCCUGCAGUUCGACUCCUUGGCGACCUUCACUUGGCUGCUGCUGGGCCGGCUCUUCCGCACCAUGCUGCAGCGGACUGAGAACGCCAUUCCUCUAACCUAUUCGCCCGUCUUCUACAUUCCAGCUGCCUUCAACUUUUUCGUGCUGCUGUGCAGAGCUAGCUACCUGGUCCUUCGGGAAAUGAUUUGGCCUUUGCAGUCUCCUCCUACGCUGUUGCCCGAAUGCUUGAGGGCACGUCUUGAUCACAGAGUGACCUUCUCGUUUAUCCCGCCAGAAGGCUUGGACGGACACCAACGCGAGCAUUUCUUGGGAACUGAGCAUGGAAGCUUGUCUGGCCUGGCGGGUACGGUUGCAGAAGAUUGGAAUCUAACAUCGGUGGCGGCCUUGCCAAACCAGGAGCGUGAAGCCCUGAAGACUAUCAUCACGGAGACGGUGGAAGUGUUGCUGCGGCGCCAUGAGAUUGUACACAGCGAGGCCCCACAGGUCAUCUACCUGCCAACUUUCCUGUUGCAAAUGGAGCGCGUCCUGGUGGCUGCCAUGUGCUAUGCUGUGAAAUCUCGCAUCAUUAACGAUGAGUUGGUGCAGACGAGAGAUACUUGGGGCAAAUGGGUGUCCGGCAUAAUGACGGACACGAAGGGCUACCUAAAAGACGUGAUCCUGGGCCGGGAGGGGCAUUCCAGCAUCAUGAGGACGGACAGCCACAGGAAAUGGCACGAUGCCACCGGCGAACACCUCGCCCAAGCAACCCACUUGGUGAGGCGGCCGGUGAGUACGGAGGAGAUCCAGAUCGCGCUGUAUAGCCUAUGGCCGGACCUGGUGGACCCCAUCACCAACCGAAAGCACGCAGAAAGGAACCACUUGCGGGAAUUGGUCGAUGCGCAUAAAGGUAUCAUCGAUAUGCAUGGGCAAGUGUCGCAUAUUUUUGAUUCUGCUGGUCAUGCAGACAACAUCGUCAGGCGGAAGACACGCUCUAUAAACGUCCGCCGGAUCAGUGAAGCUGAUGAAGGUGAUGACGGGACGUCCGGCCUCUCCAGCGAUGGCACCCACACGGUUGAGUCGUGGGAGCAGGCCAAGGACAUCCUGCUGGGUGACUCGGCCAACCUCGGCGACCUGCUUAGGGAUGUUGGGGGUCCUGACGAAUGCUUGGGUGUGGCUGUGCGAAUCCCCGCCGACAUCGCCCAUGCUGGCCGGAACGGCGUGAGCAAGGUGCCUGGCAUGAGCCUGGUCACACCGCUGAGUCCCUCCUCAAAGGUGGCGCUCUGAGCCUGUGUUUCACCUGCCAAAACGUGUCACACUGGUGGUUGCCUGUGUCCUUGCCCCACGCUGCAACAACCAUUUCACCUGUCUGGACGAACAUACUACAGCAGGCCGACUCCUGCCAGAGGGGCAGCAACUGGCAGCUUGCUCCUGGCAAGGUGCCCAUGGGCAAACCAGACCAUUGAAACUGUGGACAUGUUCCACGUGACCACAAACCCGUGAUUCUCGUGGAUUUUCGACUGCGCCAAUGGGCCGGUGGAGCUCCCCCGGCUUGAAUAGAAGCCGGAAAGGCGGCGCGGCUUGUGUGUUUUUGAACGGGUUUGGCAGCACGUGCUGCUCGGCGCGCGAGAAAUGAUGGUCUUCCGUGCAGGUAAAACCGUU